AUGGCUGCUCCUGACAUCAACAUAUCCAUUGAUCGGGGAGGCACGUUCUGCGAUGUCUUGGUACAAGUGGCUGGUCGCGAAGAUCUAGUUUUCAAGUUACUCUCCGAGGACCCGCAAAACUAUCGUGAUGCUCCAACAGAAGCCAUUCGAAGAGCACUGGAGAUUAUUGAAAAGCAGCAAUUCCCCAUUGAAGACAAGCUCGAUGGGUCCAGGAUAGCAUCUUGCCGCAUUGGUACCACUAUAGCAACAAAUGCGUUGCUGGAGGGGAAAGGGCGUGAGUUUGCUUUACUUACCACCAAAGGAUUCAGAGAUGUCUGCAUAAUCGAUGACCAGACACGGCCAAAGCUAUUCGACUUGAAUGUCAGAAAGCCGCCUGCCUUGCAUGCUACCUCGGUUGAGAUAGAUGAGCGUAUCACUAUUGAGGACUACGACCUCAAUCCAUGUCCGCUGGAUAAGUCGGCGGAGAUCGUAGAUCCUGCGCUGGUCAAGACUCCAAGUGGGGAGGUGAUUCGCAUUCUGAAGGGACUUGAUCCUGAAAAUGUUCGCGAGGUUCUAGGCGGGCUUCGGUCGUUGGGAUACACUUCUCUGGCUAUCUCACUUCUGCAUUCAUAUCUUCACACCGAUCACGAAGAUCAAAUUGCCGAGAUAGCGAAGGAGAUGGGAUUCGAGCAUAUCACUAAGGCAUCGGAAGUCAGCCCCGUUAUCAAAUACCUUCAACGCAGCAGCUCUGCUUGUUCAGAAGCAUACCUUCAUCCUAUCGUGAAGGACUAUGUCAAGGCCUUCCAAUCUGGAUUCAGUAGUCUGCCGCGCUCUGUGGAGUUUAUGGGAUCAGAUGGAGGUCUAAGACAAGCGGCCAAAUUCCGAGGGAACGAGGCUCUGCUCAGUGGACCUGCUGGAGGAGUCGUGGGUAUCGCACAGACAUGUUAUGAUCCCUCUGAAGGAACGCCCAUUUUGGGGUUCGAUAUGGGCGGUACCAGCACAGAUGUUUGCCGAUAUGAUGGCAAGUAUGAUUACCUGACGGAGACCACAGUGGGAGGUCGAAAGAUCACAGUACCGAUGCUCAACAUUGCAACUGUUGCAGCUGGAGGAGGCUCAAUGCUUUUUGCUCGGCACGGCCUCUUCGUGGUUGGACCAGAGAGUGCUGGUGCUCAUCCAGGGCCCGCAUGUUAUCGAAAAGGCGGUCCACUCACGGUUACGGAUGCAAAUUUGUUCUUGGGAAGACUAGUCAUGGCUUCCUUUCCGGCUAUCUUUGGACCAGAGGCUAAUCAAGGUCUGGACUGUGAAAUUACAAGACGCAGAUUCCAUCAAAUCACCUUUGAGAUCAAUCAACAGACAGGACAAAGCCUUACACCAGAAGAAGUUGCUUCGGGAUUCCUUGGUGUCGCAAAUGAAACAAUGACUCGACCGAUGCGCAAUGCCACUGAAGUUCGUGGUUUUGCACCAAGCAGUCACAACCUGGUCAGCUUUGGUGGAGCGGGUGGUCAGCAUGCAUGUGCUAUUGCAAAUAAGCUUGGAAUUUCUAGGAUCCUCAUUCACAAACAUUCCUCGCUAUUAUCCGCAGUUGGGAUAUCUCAGGCUGAUCUGCAAGUUGAAAAGACCGCGCCCUUCACUGGAAUUUUCCAUCUGGAUGAGCUUGAUAAGAUACGAUCUCAAAUACAAGCACUCAAAGCUCAAGUGCAAGCAGAACUUCUUUCUCAAGGAGCAGAUAUCCUCACCACUGUCUUUGAGGAAUUUUUGAGUAUGAGAUACGCAGGCACCGACACCAACAUUGUCGUUCCAAAGCCUGAAAAUGAUGACUACGGCAAGUCUUUUGAGACCACUCACUUGAGGGAAUUUGCCUUCCAACUUGAUCGAAAAGUUCAUGUCGAUUCAGUAAAGGUCCGCGGUGUAGGUCGAAGUGGUAUUUUCGCGGAGACCAAAUCUCCAUACCCAUUACUGGAAGACGUGAAGGACCGUCACCUUCAAUAUCUGCAAGGAAAAGAGAACCAACGUACUUUCAUUCACGGCACAUGGCAAGAAAUACCCGUCUUCAAGUUGGAUGCCGUUGAGAGGCCUAGUCAGUUGCAAGGCCCAGCGUUGCUCAUCGAUGCUACCCAAACCAUCUUUGUCGAGCCCAACUUCGAUGCAUAUCUUCUUCCAGAUCAUGUUAUGCUUGAGAAGAGAUCUACAGUUUCUCAAGAUGUCAUCCCUUCAAUCUCUGAAAAUAUCGACUCGAUUCAAUUGUCCAUUUUAUCCCAUCGCUUUAUGUCAAUCGCCGAACAAAUGGGCCAUACACUGCAGCGUACAUCCAUUUCCACAAGUAUCAAAGAGCGCCUGGACUUCUCCUGUGCCAUCUUUUCGCGAGAUGGCAAAUUGGUCGCAAAUGCCCCACAUAUCCCCAUCCACCUUGGAAGUAUGCAAUAUGCAAUCCAAUAUCAACAUCGCCUUUGGGAGGGCAAACUCAAGCCCGGUGAUGUUCUUCUGAGCAACCAUCCUGAGUGUGGUGGAACCCAUCUCCCAGACUUGACAGUCAUCACCCCCGUCUUUGUGGAUGGAGAGCCCAGUGUUGCGUUCUAUGUUGCAGCUCGGGGCCAUCAUACCGACAUCGGCGGUCUUGGAAUCACAUCCAUGAUGCCCGGCUCAAAGGAGCUGUGGGAAGAGGGCUUCAAUGUCCGCUCAAUGAAAAUUGUCGACAGUGGGAACUUCCUCGAAUAUGAUGUGCGCAAAGCAUUUUUAGCAGCAGGAGACUUCCCCGGCUGUAGUCCGACUCGUCGACUGGAUGACAACAUUUCUGAUAUCAAAGCUCAAAUAUCCGCGAAUCAACGUGGUAUAUUAUUGUUGCAAAGCCUGUGCUCUCAAUUCAGCUUCGGCUUCGUAUCUCGUUAUAUGAACGCUAUUCAAAUGAAUUCGGAGGUCGCGGUUCGAGACUAUCUCAAAAAGGUUGCCCAAUCCAAGCCCAUGCCUUUAACAGCCAGUGACAGCUUUGAUGACGGGACUGUGAUCAAGGUAUCUAUCUCAAUCGACGAGUCGGGUGGCGCAAUCUUCGAUUUUGCGGGCACUGGUCCUCAGAUGUGGGGUAACUAUAACUGCCCGAUCUCCAUCACCCAUUCCGCUGUGAUAUACAGUAUUCGCUGUCUAGUUGAUGUCGAUAUUCCUCUCAAUGAUGGAUGUCUCGCGCCCAUAGAUAUCCAGAUUCCUCACGGCUCCAUCCUACGACCCAGUGCCUCCGUUGCAAUCUGCGGUAGUACCCUAGCAAGCCAGAGAGUCAUCGAUACAAUCUUGAAGGCAUUUGAAUGUUGUGCUGCGUUUUCCGGGUGUGCGAACAGCUUUGGUUGGGGAAUGGGUGGGAAAAAUCCCCACACCGGUGCUAUUGAGCCUGGGUGGAGCUAUGGUGAGACAGUCGGAGGGGGUUGUGGUGCAGGUCCGGGUUGGCAUGGAGAGCAUGCUAUCCAGGCACACUCCACCAACACAAAGAUCACUGAUGCGGAGGUUGUGGAGAAGCGGACACCUGUCAUUAUCCGUAAACAUGCCAUCAAUCCUGGGACGGGCGGUAAUGGUCAGUAUAGAGGUGGGGAUGGUGCAGUGCGGGAAGUUGAAGCUCGGGUUCCGCUGAAGUUCAGCAUUCUCAGUGAUCGCCGUGUCUUCGCGCCGUAUGGCAUGGAUGGAGGUCGGUCCGGACAAGUUGGAAAGAAUUAUGUGUUCAAGUGGAAUGAUGACCGAACGGUACUUGAGAAGAUAUCACUAGGUGGCAAAGCCGCUCUCUCUCUAGAAGCUGGGGAGAUUAUGCAGGUCAACAGUCCAGGCGGUGGAGGUUGGGGCUUGGAGUGA